CCUCCCUGCUGGCGGUGCCGAGCAGCCCCGGCCGCCUGGCUGGACGAUAAGAGGCGGUGGGGGCCGCGCCCAGCUAGCGCCGACAGGCUCGUGUCUGCUCCCGAGCGGCGGCGAGGAGACGGCUGAAGGGAGCGGAACUAACAGCACCUCGGCCCUUGCCUGGCUCCCCUCGGAUUUAUAUGCAGCUGGGGGGGUUAUUGUUCACCCUGCUGGAGGAAGAGAAGUGGCCGCGGGGUGAUCUGUGCUCUCUUUGCCCCACCAUGUGCUCAGUGAACGAGGACAGCAGCACGGACCCCCUGGUAGCCCGGUGCAGGCAGCUGGAGGAGACCGUGGAGAAGCUGCACCUGGAGAACAAGAACCUAAAGAGCAAAGUGCCUCGGUACAAAGCCAUCUGCAACCUGUAUCAUGAGUCCGGGCAGCAGCUGAAGCACCUUCAACUGCAGCUCUCCGCCAAGGAGGCGAUGAUCGGGGAGCUGAGGGCGAGCGUGGCCAAGUACCAGGCUGCCCAACUGGGAGCAGCACAGGAAGAGGGGCAGCAGCCACCGCCCCCUGGGGGAAAGUUUGUUGAACCUGCUAAAUCUCUAGUGGAAAGUUUAAUAGAUCAGCUUGGCCAAAUGAAGCAGCAGCUUAAAGACAGCGAGAGAAUUUCAGCACAGAAGGUGGAAACUUUGAGCCAGGAAGUGCAGAAGCUGAAUCGGCAGCUAGAAGAAAAAGACAGAGAUAUACAGCAGAUAAUAAGCCAGCCACAGUAUGAAAAAGAGAGAGAAAUCUUACGACUCCAGAGAAGCUUGGAAGAGAGAGAGAAAGUCCAGGCCACAAGUGAAGUACUGUGUCGUUCACUCACUGAUGAAACUCACCAACUUCAACGUAGAUUGGCAUCCACAGCAGAAAUGUGUCAGCAGCUGGCAAAAUGUCUAGAAGAAAAGAGAAAAGACAGAGGGUAUUUAGAGGAGCAUAUUCAGACUGAAAGAUCCAAUCAGCUACAAUUUUCAGAGAAUAAAGCUUCACCUCAAACAAUUAUUUGCCAACUACAGGAGGAAAACAGGAAGUUACAACAAAAAGUGUUUCAUGUGGAAGACUUAAAUACAAAGUGGCAGGCAUAUGAUGCUAGUAGAGAAGAAUAUGUGAAACGACUCCACCUGCAGCUGAAAGAACUGAAGUCUCAACCCGAACAGCAAAGAAAUUCAGAGCUGAUGCAGAAGGAGAUUUCUCGGUUGAACAAAUUACUGGAAGAAAAAAUGAAUGAAUGCAUUAAAGUAAAGCGAGAGUUAGAGGAUGUGAAGAAGGCUAAAGAUGGAGAUCGUGAACGUGUACAAAUGCUGGAGCAACAGGUCCUUGUUUACAAGGAUGAUUUCACAUCUGAAAGAGCAGAUCGAGAGCGUGCACAAAGUAAAAUACAGGAACUUCAGGCAGAAGUUGCUUGUCUACAGCACCAGCUAACCAGGAGACAGGAAUCGAGAGAGACAACAGGUCAUGUUAGAGUUCACACUGGGAACCAAAAUCAUCGUGUGUAUGUACAGACAAAUGUUGAACAUCUACUGGGCAACAGCCAAGUCCAGUCAGGAGUGAGGAGAACAGGUUCACAAUCUGAACAACCUGCUACACGCACAGACAGUGGGAGUUCAGGAUCAGAGAGAAGAGGACAGGGUGAACUUCAGUGCCCUCAUUGCAUGAGGUUCUUCAAUGAUGAACUCAGUGAUGAAUUUCUCAGACAUGUUGCUGAAUGUUGUCAAUAAUCUGACUUGAGAAGUGCAAUCAAAUAUCAAAUCAACCACUACUUGAUACUGAGAAAAUGGCACUUUGAGAUGUAUACUACAGUACCAAUAUAAUGUUGGUUAUAUUUUUAAUAUUUAUCAUCCAGUUUGGAUGUUUGACUGACUUAUCUAAGCAUAAAUUCAGUGCUUAGUUUCAGCAUCGAAUCUCUGAUUUGAGGACAGGUUAGUGAAAAGUUAAUUGAUUACUAAUCUACAAUAAGUAAGGGCAAAAAAAAAAAAAA